AUGCGUUUCAACAAUAACCUCCUCUUGCUCGCCUCCUUCCUCGGCGUCGCAACCGCCCGCCGCCGAGGCUGCGUUCUUCAACUCGGCCAAACCGCCGGCACCGGCUUUUACAACCCUGUAGAGGGCGAAACCUUACAGCAAAUCGCGGCUGACUUUUGCACCACUGGAACCGAGCUGCUACGCCUGAACGAUGGCAAAUCCCCAACACCACAAUACAAUUACAAUGUUCCUUGCAAGUCUCGGCAGCGCGAUUGCGCUAGGAUCGCGGGCAGUGAUAAUGGGUACUACACCGUCGUUGCUGACGACCAGUUGCAAUCUAUUUCGAAUGAUUUCUGCACCGACAACGAUAAAUUGCGGUCAUUAAACCCCCAAUCUAUCAAGGGCUCAUCACUUACCACCGGCUCGAUCAUCGUGGUUCCUUGCUCUUGGAACUAG